AUGGAGAACCAAGGGAGCUCAGUUAAUACAAAAGUUCCAUUUGAUGUGACAGAGAUCACCACUGACGAUAUCAAUAUGAAGGAUAUUGUAAUCACCUUUACUCAAAGCAGUGAUAAAACCGAGAAGAUGAUUGGUAUAAACAAAUCUCAAAUUAUCACUCUAGCACUAAAUUUACUCAGCACAAAUAGUUUUAUUCGUAGAAUUUACUAUAGUCACCUGUGGUUGUCUUUAUCACCAAAAGUGUCUCGAAGGGUUUCUCUUGAACGUAGCAAAAAUAAGAGGCAAGCUAACAUGUCCGAAUUGGGAUUGUAA